AAACUCGACACUGGAAUCUACUGGCUUAUGCGUCACUUCACAAGGAUCUACUUGAUUUUGGAUUUAGUUGAAUUUCAGUUCAUAGUAGGCAGUGCUCCACAACAGUUGUAAGAGAAAUUUGCUGAAAUUGAGUCCAGACGUUCUCCGUCCUACUGAAGCGAGGGUGAAAUGAUCGACAUGAUCGAGAAGGAGGAUCCGGUCAUCACGGAAGAAGAGGCGGCCCAGUACGAUCGUCAGAUCCGUCUGUGGGGUUUGGAUGCACAGAAGAGACUGCGAGGGUCCCGGGUUCUCUUGGCUGGCUUAGGGGGUCUGGGGGCUGAAGUGGCCAAAAACUUAAUCCUGGCUGGAGUAAAAGGACUAACUUUGUUGGAUCACGAAAAGGCAACCGAGGAGCUGUGUCGAGCUCAGUUUCUGGUGCCGGUGAGCAUGUACGGCCAGAGCCGUGCCAAGGCAUCACUGGAGCGCGCUCAAAACCUCAACCCCAUGGUGGAGGUGCUGGCCGACACGGGGAGAAUUGAGGAGAAGCCUGACAGUUUCUUUCUGCAGUUUAGCGCGGUGUGUCUGACUGGAUGCUCCAGAGACGUGAUGGUGCGUGUGGACCAUCUGUGCUCGCAGCAUAACAUCAUGGUUUUCUGCGGCGACGUCCACGGUUACUAUGGUUACAUGUUCUGCAACCUGGGGCCGGAGCACAGCUACGUAGAGGAGAAACCCAAAGUAGUGAAGCCCUCAGCAGACUCCAACGAUGGGCCUGAGGCUAAGAAGGCCAAAGUGGACCCCAAUGAGACCACAAUGGUCAAAAAGACGGCGAGGUUCUGCAGGCUGAAGGAGGCGCUGCAGGUGGACUGGACCACAGAGAAGGCCAAAGCCUGUCUGAAGAAGACACCUGUGGACUAUUUCCUGCUACACGUCCUGCUGAAGUUCCGUACGGAUAAAGGUCGUGACCCCGAGCCACAGUCCUUUGCAGAGGACAGUCAACUCUUGAGGCAGAUCCGUGACGAUGUCCUGGAGGCCUUGGGCGUGAGCGCUGACAUCCUUAGCGACGACUUCAUCAGCUACUGCUUCUCCGUCAUGUCUCCUGUGUGCGCCGUGGUGGGAGGUGUCCUGGGUCAGGAGAUUGUGAAGGCUCUGUCCCAAAGAGACGCUCCGCAUCGGAACUUCUUCUUCUUCGACGGCCGCAAAGGAAACGGAAUGGUGGACUACUUUGGACCAAACUGAUGCUGCUCCCUCUCCAUCACUCUCAUUAUCACCAUCAUCAUCAUCCGUUUGUUUAUUUAUGGCAUCCAUCACUGACAACACGCUCCUGCUCCUGCUACCUUUUUUUACAUUGAGUAAUAAAAGUACUACAUAAAAA